AUGAGACUCGCUAUCAUCCUCACCUCGCUCAUAGCCUGUACAGUCAAAUCAGUUCACGCAGGCUGUAAAGACCCCCACCAUCUCUCUGGGCACUUAGCAUUCUACUGUGUGGACGAAGUCACUCAAAUCGAGUUUGAAUAUGUUGAUAUGAACGAUCAAUUUGCCAACGUCGAGAAGGAGGUAGACCUGGCAGAAGUGGUAUAUCAGACUUAUCAUGAUGCCAUAUAUGAUAGACCUGCUCAAAGUCCUAUCUUUGGAGCCAUUGAGACUGGAGAAGGAGGAUCGACCAGAUGCGAUGAAACCGAGUAG